AUGAUCCUCAGUCUUCAUGCCGCUUUGAGCUGGUCUUGUCAAGGAGGAGGCACCAAUUCCUUAUUGGGUGCCUUUGCUAGCGCUGGUCAAUGUGAGAUGUGGAUUGGAGGGGUAGUCUGUUGCUUAAAUAAUGACAAGUCCAAAAUCAUUGCGUACAAAGCUUCAUCUACUAAAGCACAGCAAAUUUUUCAACUUGGAGGUGCUGUGAUUGGUAUUAUGAAGCAUCCCAAUAUUUGGACAUAUGAAGCCCAAGCUUCCUGGGACCGUGGGGCACAAACCGGUUGGAAAUGGACAUCUAAAUCCCGUUCAUCGUUUGAUCACAAAGCUCAGCGGAUUUGA